GCUGGGAAGAGCCACUCCAAUCACUACCGCUGUUCCUGGCUGAAUGUCCCUGGCUGACGUCAGCUGACUGCCUGCCUCGGCUCUCCGCUCCUCCGGACACAGCGCCGCGUAAAAAUGCUGCUCUCUGUGCCGCCAAGGACAGGAAUCAACCCAUACAACGGCUACACCGGCAAAAACAGCAAGAGGACGUAUGUGUCCCCCUCCAACCAUCAGAUGGCUCCUCCAAGCCCCAACAACAACAACAAUAGCAACUCCACCACCACCUCCAUCAGCAAUGGCAGCAGCAGUAGUGGGGGAGAGCAGCUGAGCAAAACCAACCUGUACAUCCGUGGCCUCCACCCAGGGACCACAGACCAGGAUCUGGUCAAACUCUGUCAGCCGUAUGGGAAAAUCGUAUCCACCAAGGCCAUCCUGGACAAGACUACCAACAAGUGCAAAGGCUAUGGCUUUGUUGACUUUGACAGUCCAGCCUCAGCUCAGAAGGCAGUGACGGCGCUGAAGGCGGGUGGAGUGCAAGCUCAGAUGGCCAAGCAACAGGAGCAGGACCCCACCAACUUAUACAUCUCCAACCUGCCUCUGUCCAUGGACGAGCAGGAGCUGGAGAACAUGCUGAAGCCCUUCAGCCAGGCAAUUUCCACUCGCAUCCUCCGUGACGCCAACGGGACCAGCCGAGGAGUGGGCUUUGCCAGGAUGGAGUCAACCGAGAAAUGUGAAGCCAUCAUCCAACAUUUCAAUGGAAAAUAUAUCAAAACUCCACCUGGAGUUCCAGUGCCGCCAGAGCCCUUGUUGUGUAAAUUUGCUGAUGGAGGACAGAAGAAGCGUCAGAAUCAAGGGAAAUAUCUGCAGAAUGGCCGGCCCUGGACAAGAGAUGGGGAGACUGGGGGAAUGACUCUUACCUAUGACCCCACCACAGCCUUACAGAACGGGUUCUAUUCCUCCCCCUACAGCAUUGCCCCCAACCGGAUGAUUGGGCCGACCUCCCUCUCCCCGUACAUGCAUUCACCUGUGUCUACUUACCAGGUACACAACCCAUCCUGGUUACAUCAUCAGUCGUACAUCAUGCCACCCACAGGAGCAGUCCUGACUCCAGGAAUGGACCACACCAUGUCCAUCCAGCCGACCUCGAUGAUGGGACCCCUGACACAGCAGCUCAGCCACCUCUCCAUGGGCAGUAGUGGCACAUAUAUGCCUGCAAACACAUCUAUGCAGGGGACCUACAUCCCCCAGUACACCCAAGUGCCUGCCGCCAACAUCUCAGUUGAGGAAAGUGCCGUCCAACAAUCCGUUGCCAUAGAGACACCCACAGAACACACAGCCUACUCCUACCAGCAUAACAAGUGAAGAGAUCUUCCUCUGGAGCCGGAGUGACUCUCAAGGGGCCCAAGUGCUGAGAACUCGGCACUCUGACUCUACAUUCUCUACACGCGAAGGAACAUGGACUGUUACACAAAAAGGACAACAAAAACAAAAAAGAUAUUUUCUACAAACUCAUAUUUUAAAACAAACUCUUUUACUCCAGGCAAUCAAGACUGGAGGAUGGCAGGCAAUGGAAAAUGGAAGAAUGGAACAAGAAACAUCUAUUUUGAUAACAGUCAAGAAACACACUCACACACACACACACACACACACACACACACACUACAAAUGUUUAAAAGGUUUUUGAGCGUUAUUCAUAUUCUUUUCUAAUAUUACUCCGGGGAGCUAGAAUGAAACCAGGAAAAGAACAUUUCAACACCAUGUUUUAUUUUUAGUCAUGUUUUGUUUUGACGAUUUGUAAGAUAUGCUGAUUUUACUUAACUUUUUUUUUUUGUCUGAUACUUUCAGGCUUUUGAACCUGCCUUUUUGUACAUAAUUCUUUGUUUUGGUGCAUUUCUAGCUUCAUGUGUUCUAGUUUGAUUGAUUGGUGCAAAUAUUUGAAUUACAGAAGUCUCAAAAAAGAGUCAGUCAUUUAAAAAAGCUGAUGACUUGUAUUUUAGACAGAUAUGGUGCUGACUUGGAUUAGCGUCUCUCAAAGUGGCAGCAAGUUUAUCAGGUAUGAAACUUUACCUGAAGUGGUAUCACUUCUUUUUUGGCACUUGAAUCUUAAAUAAUUUAUAGUUUUAGCAAUCUCGACAAGGCUUCAGACAAUCAGAAGAUUACAAAGAAGAAAAAAUUUAGAGAUGACGAUCAUUAAUGGCAGAUUUCACAGAAAAGACUUCUUUAAAAGAGCUAAAUAGAUUUAAAGCAUUCCAGAGAUUAUUAUCAUAAAUUUCUAAAUAUUGAUUCACUUUGAGCUGCUCCACUUGAUGAAAUCCAAAGUUGCUCAACAGGGAUCACAUCUCACACAGAGCUGCCUGUAAAUAAGAGAUUUAAAUUUAUUUAGGCUUUCUUUUGAUUUCUUUUUAUCGGUGUAGUAUUGCUUCAGGUAUUUUAAUAACAACAUGAUACAAAAUUAUACCAAAAAAUAGCAAUCUAUAUAUUGCUAUGUGUUUUUAGUUUUUAUUCCUCAUGUCCCUUUUAUAAAAGGGGAAGCUGAAUCUCCACUAAAUCCCAAAACUGUAUUUUCUGAAGCAAGAAUUUGAUGUUGUUAUUAGAGUAUGAAGUUCUUAUUACACAGAUGUGGAGAUCAACAGGUAAAGCGUGGCUCUGUCCUGUUCAGAAAACACUAUUACGGUGGAUUAUUAUGGCCAGUGGAGAGAUGCUUUAUUACUGGCCUUUGCUGUGUGUUUGCAUAUAUUUCCACUUUUCUGUUUUUCACCCUCAUGUUUUUUUUUCUUACAUUUCUUAUUUAAAGGUUUAUUAAAUUUUUUUUUUUUUUCAGUUUUAAUACUUUUAAGAUUGGUCCUAUUUUUAAAGAAGCUUUGAUUUUAUUUUUGAUAGUGUGCUGUGUGCUUCAAAUAGUGAGAAAUAGAUGUGUUCAACUUCUCUCUGUCUUUUUUUUAAAUAGUGAUUUGUUCGUAAGUUUGCAUACUUCUCUCCCGUUCUGGUUUCAGUGUUGAUGUCAAAGAUGCUUUAAUGUUUUUUUUAACAGACAUUUCAGUUUUGUCUGUGUCGCAAAUGUUGCCGCUUUGUGAACAUGACUCCUGUUCGUGGAUGAAUUAUGUAUGCUAGGUUCAGAUGCAUUGUUACAGAGCUGUACCCCAAGCAGUUGGGAAUAAUGUCAGAUAAAUAUAUGUUCAAAACCUUGACUUACCUCAUCCUGCUAGAGCAAUGUAGAUUCAGUUUGUGUACAAGGUUCACAGGCAAUAACCAACAGUGGGUCUCAUGACUGUUCACAGCUGGUACUGUGUCCACAUCCUUUAACUCUUCCGUCCAAUGUUCGGAAAACAUGCCCAAGGUCUGAUGAUCUAUGCAAUUAAUUUAUUAUCCUUACAAAUGCAAUACUACAGAUAUUCAAGAGACACCUCACAUGACGACAAUGGAUCACCUCACAAUAUGACUAUACAUUUUUCAUUAUACAUAGAGAUUUGUUUUUUUUCCGAGACAUUCAUCUUUGGUUUCAUUGUUAGGAACAUUGCUGCAUUAAAAGGGAACUAUUUCAUACCAAAAUGUGGUUGUUAAUAUGACUGUAUGAAAUGUAAGAACUCUAAACAACUACAGCAGAUGUGCUUUAUGUGAAUGAAGGCGGGUUGCCCACUCAUCUACCCAACUUUUUUUUUUACAUGGACACGUUAGUUGUGGUAGAUGUAAUUUUCCAUUCCAUCCAGUUGCAAGUUUUAUGUUAGUUUUGUGUGUCCCGUCUAGACCUGUUUGUUAGCUUGCUUUCUUGCUGAGUAUUUGUAGAUGUGUUCUUCUUUUAAACCAUGCAACAGUUUAUUUCCAGGAGAAAAUUACCUUCACAGAAAUGCCUUAGAUUUCACAGGAAGGGAUAGUGAAGUGCUACUCAGAUUUUGUGGGCUUGACCUCUGACUGGAAUUGUUUUUGUUUUCAUGCACUGCAAAUGUUGAAAAAGACUUUUGUUAUAUCAAACUACUCUGAACAUAGAUCUAUGAAGCAAAGAAAUAUUUACAACUUUUAAUUACUAUUUUGUGUCCAAAACAUUGAAGAAAAACUGAACAGUGGCUUAUUGAGUCUAAAGAACUAUUGCUGCUAAUUUUGAAUUGCUAAGUAUUUAGAAAUCUUUUAGCUGAAGGUCAUUCAAUAUAUCAAGUCACGGGAGGUUAGUUUGUAAUUCAUGUUCAACGAUGUCUGUGCAGUCUUGUUUUGUGCAUCAAACAACCUCUCCUCAGUAAAUGUUAGUCUGUGCCAUGAUGCAGCUCUUUGUCUUCUUGAUAGAAAAAAAACCCUACAGCUAUUAAAACUUUUAACUUGGUUUGAUUUUGAACUUGUCAUUUUUUUAAUAAAAAAAAUGUCACUGUG